AUGAAUCUCAUUGAUGGUGGCCAAUAUGAGGGUUCAGAACAGGUCUCUGGAGGUAAUGGAAAAGGAAGCUCUCAGUUAGAAAUUCAGCAAUUGGCCUCUCAGUUACAUAGUGUCUUCUCACUCAAGGAUUCAGGUGAAAUGAGCUAUUUCCUUGGAAUUGAGGAUUUGCUGAAGAAGGCUGCCAUGAAUGAUGCAAAAGGCAUGCCAACCCCUAUGACUUCAGCACUAAAACGUUUUGCAUCAGGUGGUGCCAAAGUUCAGAAUCCACAACUAUACAGGUCAAUCGUUGGUGGGCUGCAAUAUGCAACCAUUUCUAGGCCUGACAUCACCUUUGUAGUAAACAAGGCUGCCCAAUUCAUGCAUGAACCACUUGAAAGUCACUGGAAGGCAGUCAAAAGGAUAUUGAGUGACAUUGAUGAUAGAAAGUCCACCAAUGGUUUCUGCAUCUACCUGGAUCCGAACCUGUGGAAGGCAUCUGGUACAGUAGAAGGUCCCACAAUCAGUGAUAGUGCGGGAAUCGAGGUUGAUAAUGAGAUUGAUUAG